AUGUCUGAUACGAGUGAUUUGGAUCGUCAAAUUGAAAGGCUGAAAAGAUGUAAGCUAAUAUUGGAGGCAGAGGUUAAAGCCCUCUGUGCGAAAGCCCGCGAGAUCCUAGUCGAAGAAAGCAACGUCCAACGAGUUGACUCCCCUGUGACUGUUUGUGGUGAUAUCCAUGGACAAUUCUAUGACCUCAAAGAGCUGUUCAAAGUUGGUGGAGAUGUACCUGAGACAAACUAUCUUUUCAUGGGUGACUUUGUAGACAGAGGCUUCUAUUCUGUUGAAACAUUUCUGUUACUACUUGCGUUAAAGGUGCGUUACCCAGACCGCAUCACAUUGAUAAGAGGCAAUCAUGAGUCACGCCAGAUUACUCAAGUAUAUGGAUUCUAUGAUGAAUGCAUAAGAAAAUAUGGCUCAAUCACAGUAUGGAGAUAUUGCACUGAAAUUUUUGACUAUCUGUCUCUAUCUGCUAUCAUUGAUGGGCGGAUAUUCUGCGUACAUGGAGGACUUAGUCCCUCUAUACAGACAUUGGAUCAAAUUCGGACUAUUGAUCGCAAACAAGAAGUUCCCCAUGAUGGACCCAUGUGCGACCUGCUUUGGAGUGACCCUGAAGAUACACAAGGCUGGGGUGUAUCUCCCCGUGGGGCUGGUUAUCUAUUUGGUUCAGAUGUCGUGGCUCAAUUCAAUGUUUCCAAUGACAUUGAGAUGAUCUGUCGGGCUCACCAGCUGGUCAUGGAAGGAUACAAGUGGCAUUUCAAUGAGACAGUACUAACUGUAUGGUCGGCUCCCAAUUACUGCUAUAGAUGCGGAAAUGUUGCGGCCAUAUUGGAGCUAAAUGAGACACUUCAGCGAGAAUUCACCAUAUUCGAAGCUGCUCCACAGGAAUCCAGGGGUAUUCCGUCUAAAAAACCUCAAGCAGACUACUUCUUAUAA